ACGAAGGAGCGUAAGGUGUUUGCGGACUGCCUGCAGGCGGUGAUGCGUCAGCUGCAGGUGGCGCUGGAGACAGCGGUCAUGCCGGACGUGUUCACGGCGACGGUCGACCUGCUACUGCAGAUCGUCAAGAUUCAGCCAAAGUGCUUCAACACGCACUUCAGGGACACGGUUGACAUUCUCGUCGGCUGGCACAUCGACUCGACGCAGCGCGAGUCUCUCAUCGUCUACGCCGCGGCCGCCCUCACCAGCCUGCAGCAGUUCUGGGUUGGCGACCUCUCCUUCUCCGUCACCCUGCUCGGUCAGUUCCUCGAGGACAUGGAGGCAUACUCGGAG